GUUGCUAAUAUUAAAAUUCAAACAAUGGUCACGUCGAUGAAAAAAAGUUGGGUGGCGGAAAAAUACGCACAAACUAUUUCGAUGUAAGAACUGGCUUUUUUUGGGAUGGAGAAAAACACUGUCCAGAUAAUUUACUUGCUGUUCGAGUCGACUACGGUGAGUGGCAUCGGGCACCGGAGUGGGCCUGAUGGGCCGUUUUCUUCUUCAGGCCAAUUUGGUGGAUGUGGGAUGAUCUGAAAGGAACAAUGGGCCCGUGGGAUGUCCUCCGAAUCCAAUGCGACCUGCCAGAGCGAGACCUUCUUCCCUCCGCCCAGCAGCCCAGCACCAGGCACACAGUGACCGGCGGACGGCGGCAGGGGACUAGGGGAGCGUCGCCUGUCCUGACGGUUCACGGCCGACGGAGGAGAGGUGGAGGUGCCAAAACUCAACUGGAUUGGUUAGUUACCAGCUCGAUUCUGGUUGUCCAGCUGCCCGUGUUAGUGUUACUGAGAGCAACCUUGCCGACUCGCACCGUGUGUGUGUGUGGGAGGUCACCGUCGCCUCCGCUCCUCAGUCCCCAUAGACGCCCAUUUGGCCCUCAGCGCUCACCGCUCAGGAUGCCCAAACAGGCCUCCACUCCACAAUCCGCAUAGGCACUCUCGUUUCCUGUCAUGUGCUGUGAAAUGAGGCCACAGCUUGGAGCCGUGCGGCGCGCCGUCUGGACAACCUGGCCUGUCCUGUGUUCGCAGAACAGGUCGCCCUCAUCUUUCCGCUCCGCAAAGAAGAUCACCGUGGCGGCAACCGCCUCUCUGGCUCCGAAUCAUCAAAGGAAGAAGGAUAUGGUCAUUGUCAUCUCGGGCCCUACCGGUGCUGGGAAGAGCAGGCUUGCGUUGGAGGUGGCCAGGAGGCUCGGGGGAGAGAUCAUCAGCGCGGACUCUGUGCAAGUCUACCGCGGCCUUGAUGUUGGUUCCGCCAAACCAUCCGCGACGGAGAUGGGCAUGGUGCCACACCACUUGAUCGACAUACUGCAUGCAUCCGAUGAUUACUCGGUUGGAGCCUUCUUUCGCGAUGCCCGGAGAGCGACGCAGGAUGUUCUUGACAGAGGGCGAGUGCCUGUUGUUGCAGGAGGGACUGGGCUCUACUUACGGUGGUACAUGUAUGGCAAGCCAAAUGUUCCACAGUCAUCCAUGGACAUCACUUCAGCUGUGUGGUCUGAGCUCGUCAGUUUUCGGGAGAGUGGCCAGUGGGAGGAAGCAGUAGAGCUAGUGGUCCGGGCUGGUGACCCCAAAGCUCGAGACUUGUCUGUGAAUAACUGGAAGAGAUUGAGUCGCAGCCUUGAGGUUAUUAGAUCAUCAGGUUCCCCUCCAUCUGCUUUCACCUUACCAUACAAUACGUUUUGUGAACAGCAUGACACUGAGGUCUCUGCUGGAGGGAGCUGUGAAGCCAGGAAUAUGGAUUAUGACUUCUUCUGUAUUUUCCUUGCAUGCCCACGCUUGGAACUGUACCGAUCAAUUGAUUUGAGGUGUGAAGAAAUGCUGGUUGACACAUGUGGCUUACUUUCAGAAGCCUCGUGGCUGCUUGAUAUUGGUUUGCAUCCACAUGUCAACUCUGCAACUCGUGCCAUUGGUUACAAGCAAGCCAUGGAGUACCUGAUGCACUGUAGGCAGAACGGAGGUGAAAGCACCACACAGGAGUUCCUUGAAUUUCUGGCCAAGUUUAAGAGUACAUCAAGGAACUUUGCAAGGCGACAAAUUACCUGGUUCCGCAAUGAGAAGAUCUACCAGUGGGUCAAUGCCUCACAACCAUUUGAGGUGAUUGUUCAAUUUAUCUGUGAUGCUUACCAUGGCUGCAGUCCAAGGAUGGUUCCCGAAUCACUUGAAAUGAAAAGAGAAAGUUGCAUGCUCGAAAGUCGUGAUCUCAAAACCUAUCGCUCAGAGAACAGGGUAUUCCGUGGGGAUGAUGACUGCUCUCACGUUUUGAAUUGGAUCAGGAGAACGCAGGGCAAAUGAAGUGUAGCCUGAAUCUUCCAGCUUUUGGGUGCUGACCAAUGAGCACAUGAGGUUUUUAGAGCAAUACACAAUAGCACAGGAAUUUAUUUUAUUGGUUUCAAUUUUGUUUUCAAUCAUAGUGAAAAUGCCUUUUCAAAUUGUUUCAAUGGAAUGAAAAGUCAUAUUUCUUCUUUGGUGUCAUUGCAGCUGCUUAAGCUGUCCGCCAUUGGUAUUUUUGUCAAAGGAUGCUGCUUUCUCACCUCAGUCUGGCAAAAGUCUGAUAUACUAGUUGAGCAGUCUAAGACAGUACAUGUUUGAUUAUUUGUUCUGUACUGGUUACAGAAGAAAUGCAAAGCCAAACUUUUAAGUA